AGUCUGUGCACAGGGGAGUCUCUCACUUCUGCAAACCUCCUCCACCUUUCCGCCAACAACAGAGGGUGUUAUCUGUGUUGGAUAUUUAAGGACUUGCGAGGAUUUCGUGGUUCCGUGAAGUUCGCAUUUCAGUGAGUGAGGAUUAGUGCGCAGUUGAUCUCCAAAAUACGCGCCGCGUGAAGGAUAGGAGGGUGGGUUCAGGUGCACGAGCUGCAGCCUGUUGACCUGAACACUGCGUUUCCCUUUGAUUUCACAACGAAGACGCGAGGGGGUGGUUUGAAAGAUGGAUCCACAAACAACAGUCUGGUUCUUCUUGGAGACGCCGUUCUCCGGCCUGCAGCUCCUCCACAUGAGACCUGGAGAGCGCUGCGUCUCCACCAGCCCCUACUGACUAACCUUCCACAGUCUCAGACGCAGAGGGGAGGCAACAUGUCUGCGUGCCGCAAAAAGCUCUGCAUGAUCAUGAUGCUCAACGCCUUCGUCUGCCUCCUGGUUUGCGUCUCGUGGAGCCUCCGGCGUCACAAAGGUGGCCGCCACAGUGUUCGAAUCCCCUCCAAGAGGUUCUGGCACCAGCAGGAAAAGAGUAAAUCCUUCUGGAACAAGGAGCAGCAGCGCCUGGACUUCAUCUUCAACCCCAUUGUGAACUCUUUGCUCUCAAGCGACUCCCUCGUCGAGCUGCCCGAUUGGCUGAAUGACUCCGGGCCCCCCGACCCCUGCCAACCGGAUGAAAAAGUCCCCAUGCAGAUCAUGGACUACAACUCUCUGCCAAAGGGCUUCCAGGAUUUUCUUUUGCACAUGCGCUGCAGGACAUACCCCAUGCUGAUAAACCAGCCACAUGUCUGCGCUGAAAGACCCUUCCUGCUGCUGGCGGUCAAAUCCAUGAUCCCACACUUUGAGCGGCGGCAGGCCAUUCGUGAGACAUGGGGUCGUGCAGGGGUCGUAGCUAAUCGCAUGGUGGUGACUCUGUUCCUGCUGGGCAACACCUCGCCGGUAGACCACUUUCCAGACCUGCUGGGGAUGCUGGACCACGAGGCGGAGCUCCACAAAGACCUCCUCCAGUGGGACUACCGGGACACCUUCUACAACCUCACCCUGAAGGAGGUCCUCUUCCUGGACUGGUUCAGCAAACACUGCCCCCACGCCCAGUUCAUCCUGAAGGGUGACGACGAUGUAUUUGUCAACACCGUAGGGAUUGUAGGCCUCCUUGAGGGCCUGUCCGAGAAAAAAGCCAAGGACUUCUUCAUAGGGGAUGUUAUCAGUGACGCCUGGCCAAACAGGAACCACAGACUCAAGUACUUUGUCCCAGAGAGUGUGUUUGAGGGGCGCUACCCGUCUUAUGCAGGUGGCGGAGGGUAUCUGUACUCGGGGGAGCUGGCGCUGCGUCUCCACAACGCAUCCCGGCAGGUAGUGCUGUAUCCCAUUGAUGAUGUCUACACGGGGAUGUGUCUGAAGAAGUUGGGCCUGGCUCCUGAGAAGCACGCAGGCUUCAGGACGUUUGACAUCGAUGCAAAGUACAGGGACAACCCGUGCGUUUACAGGAACUUGAUGCUGGUGCACAGCCGCACUCCACAGGAGAUGUUGACCAUCUGGCCGUGGAUCAUCCACCCAGAGCUGGACUGCCAGUGAGGGUCAAGGGUUAUCCCGCGGACGUGUAAAGAGUAUACAGAGAUGGAGGUGGGACGCUGGUUUGUCCUAUGAAAGUUUCUCAGUGGUGUAUGACGCCAAAUGGGUCUGAUUCUCGAGUACAGAAGGACACAGGUAUCAGGGCCCAUAGAGCAUGUGCACUUGCAUGUUAAGCCCCGCCUCCAAUCUCCCCGUCCCUGCUCAGUCAAAUGGAUGGAGAGGGAAAUUAACUCUGUAUUUGUGCAUUUUACACAUUUGAGACCCUAAUUGUAAUAUUCAAGAAUGGAGUAAUCAUACCUAGGUACGGGUAAGCCAUUAUCCCCUUGGCCCUUUUGCACCAUGCGUAAUGGUGUUUGGUAGCGAACCGUUUUUUAUUGUUACAGUAUGUGUUCGAACCACUGUAACUUUUGCCAUUUAACAGUUUCUAUCAGUGCUUCAAGGAACCUCACAGUUGUCUGUAUGUCCUGUUUCUCCUCUAGCAACACAUUUCUUUUUGGUGUUUGUGUUGUUUGUCGUGGUUUUGCUUUGGAUGUAAUCAGUGGGUGCAUCAGUUGUUUAUUGUGGGACAGGAAAUGUUCUUGCUACUCCAUAUCUGUAUCAGUUUUGCAAACAGAGCUGUAGCAGUUGCCAAUGUUCAGGUCUGCGUUGUUUAGCAUGGACCCGAGGCUGCCAGGGAACACCUGCGUUUGUGUUUGCACUGUUUAGAUUACAACACCUUGUUAAAUAUGUUGAAACGGUCGCAGCAACCUUAAAUUAGUCCCGUCUAGAGGGUGAUGAGUUAGGCGAGGAACUAUCAAGCACAUACAUGCUGUAAAACACACUCUGUACCAUGAACCUGCCUUCAAGACGAAUACACUGCGGGGGAUUUCAAGGAUAAGUUAUUUCUCCUCCAACAGAUCCUUAGGCUGUGGGGUAGUGCGCUCCUCCUGUGGGGAUCGUCCGCAGUAUUGAAUGUAUGUAAGUCGAUUUGGAUAAAAGUGACUAACAAAUAACCUGUAAUGUUACUUUUGUUGUUAUAAAACACACAUUUCUAUACCUUAAACAUCUGAUUCUCAAAGAUACAAUACUUCUGGAUUAUAGAGUAUUUCUCAACUGUUAAACGAGCUUUGUUUCAAUCACAGCAAGUGAGUUAAUUAUACUUGAUUUGAGUCAUCAACAGUGUUAUUGUGCAGACUCUAUUGGUCUAAUAUUUGCUUCUCAACCAUCUGUUUUCUACUCAUGUGAAAGAAAGCAUAUGCUAACUGUACUCAAACAAUUGUUAGUGCUGAAAGAUUAGCUUUUGGUAGCAACUGUAAUAGAAAAUGCUAAUAUUUUAGUGCAUUUAUUACAACGUUUACUACUGAUACUGCUAAAAGGAGAUUAGCUCGGAUCCCACACACUUCUUUCUGUAGACGACAGAGUUUAUAAACUAAAAAUCUACAUUUUUGUGGUGAUCAUUAAAUGCUCAGUGUUGUUUUAAACAUCUCAAAUGUGAUGUUGCUGCUGUUCCUGUUCAUCUAUCCUUUGUAUCUUAAUAAUAUAUUGUGAGCAAUAAAGGUUGUUUUGUUGUCUUCCCCUCCAUCAACAGAUCUGUUUGGGUUGACGGUUCUGUUUUCUAUUGUCUGUUUAAAUUGUUUUGGUGAUAAAAAAUCUGUUUCAAUGAAAAUAUAUAAAAAAACAUCUCUUGUGUUUUGUCUUGUGAUUAAUAUUUAAUAUAUGUUUUUAUUAUUAAUACAUUGACAGUAAAAAUGUAUUAACAUUACCCAAAACUAA